GUUGAACUUAGUUCGCCGAUGAAAACGUAACGAUAGCGUUUGUAAGUACUACUUAAUGUACAUAAGUACAAACUUACACACAAAGUAUAUUUCCUACUUCAUUUAAUGGCACUAAAUGAUUUGAAAAUUCGCACCAAGGAUGGUGAAGUGCUCGGUACUCGUGAAAUAUUAUUUGAGAAAUCACACGUAGUCCAAGAAGCGAAAAAAGUAACGGAUCAAGAUGGUUGUAUAUCAUUGAAUAAAAUAACAUCAAACAUUUUGCGUCGUAUUAUCAUAUGGGCCGAAAAAUGUGAGGACGAGUCUUAUAAUUUGGACAAUAUCAACAUGGAAAAAUGGAAACAACAAUUUUUGGAUGUCGAUAAUGAGACAUUAUUCCAAAUAAUUAGCGCGGCAGAUGACUUACAUCAAAAGGAACUUGUCAAUAGGGCUAUAACUAAAGUAGCUAGAGGUAUCAGUGACAAAUCAGCACCGGAAAUAGCGAAAUAUUUCAAUUUACGUUCAAAAAACGUACACUUGUGAUAAUACAAAUUGAAAUCUUUUUCAACUGUUACAAAAAUAACAACAACAACAAGACAAAAACAA